ACGGACCUGACAAACGCACGCGCAGGUCAGUUUCCCUCCUGCCAUUGCCAGGCUUGCAGACCGCUCUAGGGCUGAAUCAGUUAUAACUGCUGCGGGCUCGUAGGUCUGGAAACCUCCGGCUUCGGGUUACUUGCAAUUUCCCUUUUUAUUCCCCCUUUAAUUCUCCUUCCGAGCACGCUGAGGGACCCGAGAGGGGACUCACUGGCCAAUUCUCCCAACCAGCCUUCUCCCCUGGCUUCAUUCAACCUGUGUCCAGGAUGAAGAAGAUUUUCCACUUCAGCAAGAAGGGGCAGUUUGGCCCCUUCCUUCAUCAAGCUGCCUUGUUACUUGGGGUAAAAAUUAAAAGUGCAGUAAAAAAUAAAGUAUGAAAAGUGCUGUAUGAACGAACCACAAGAUACUAGGUCUGAAUCGCAGAAGGAUACACUGGUCAGGAGCAAGAACCUCGGGAAGAUCCACAAAGCUGCAUUGCUCGGGGAUAUGGCGAAGGUGCAGCAGCCGCUGCUGCUCAGAAAGCACAACGUGAAUGAUCUGGAUAAAGUGAAGAGUGACAGUACUGCUUUAUUUGGACAUCUACUCAUCUACUAUAGCCCGAGGAUCCAUACUAAGAAAAUAGUGAAAACAACAGAACAUGAAAUCAAAGCCACUUAUUACCUGCAUGAUCUGGGAAGUUUUUUACACUUGUCUGGAUGUCAUUUUCUCCUUCUAUAAAGUAGGGUUGGGAGAGAACUAUUUUUUUUAUUAAAGCUUUUUAUUUUCAAACCAUAUGAACUGAUAAUUUU